AUGAAGAAAAUAGAUAAUUCAGCAAAAUCUAAAAACCAAACAACUCUUGGACAAUUUUGGUCAUCUACUGGACCGAAAGUGUCAAAAACUAAUUUAAAAAAUGAAAUAAUUAUUCAAGAAGACGAUGACAUUGAGUUGCUAGCUGCUAUGGAGCAGUUUGAAAAAAAGAAUUCUGCUUCACAUCCAAUAAUGACCACAACUACUACUGCAACAAAAACAACAACCGAGACAGCAUCGACGUCAAAAUGGCCAAUAUCUUUUAAGUCGGAACAAAAUUCUAAGCAAAAAAAUGAAGCAUCAGUAUCAGCACCUGUCAAUGAAAAUGAACAUUUGCAUACCUAUUCAGAUUUCGAUCGACAAGCAGGUCGUAUGUGGAUUUAUCCAACAAAUUAUGAAAAACGUGAUUAUCAACAUAAAAUUGUUAGUAUGGCAUUGUUUCACAAUACACUUGUCGUUUUGCCAACUGGUCUUGGAAAAACAUUUAUAGCUGCCGUUGUGAUGUUUAAUUAUUGUCGUUGGUAUCCAACUGGUAAAAUCAUAUUCACUGCUCCAACUAAACCGCUAGUUGCUCAACAAAUGGAAGCUUGUGCCAAAGUAAUGGGUAUUCGAAAAAGUGAAAUGUGUGAAAUGACCGGCGGUGUUAGUCCUGAAGAACGAAGAAGACUUUGGCUAGAAAAACGAGUCUUCUUCUUAACACCACAAACAUUAAAUAAUGAUCUUGUUAAAACAACCUGUCCAUGGUCGAAAAUUCGUUGUUUAGUUGUUGAUGAAGCUCAUCGAGCACUGGGUCAACAUGCCUAUUGUCAAGUUGUCCAAGAAUUAUGUAAAAAUGGUGAAGAUUAUCGUAUUCUGGCACUUAGUGCAACACCGGGAAAUAAUGUUGAAGCUGUACAAAAUGUAAUUAGUAAUCUUAAAAUAUCUCAUAUUGAAAUGUUUACAGAUGAUUCACCGGACAUUAAAAAAUACAGUUUUGACAAGAUAAUCGAUAAAAUUGUUGUUGGACCAAAUCAAUUAAUGCAAAAUUUACGACGUUGUAUUUUGAAUGUACUUAAACAGCCAGUUGAAACACUCAAUAGAUUAGGGAUAAUAUAUCAAAAAAGCCCAGAAUAUGUUACACACGGAUCAAUUAUUAUGACUAUGAAAAGAAUUGCAAAAGAUAAGCCAACUAAUCUAAAUGAUAGGCAAUAUCAGGAAGCUAAAAGUGCGAUGUUUUUUUCUAUAUCAUUUUUUCAUGCUCUUGAUGAAUUAGAAAAGCAUGGCUUACAAUCUGUCUAUAAUUUCUUUAAGAAAAAAUUAACUGAAGAUAAAAAGAAUAACAUUUUACAUGCAACAUUUCGAAAUAAUACAGAAUUAAAUGAAAUCUAUAUUGAAUUACAAAAUUUAUUUGAUUUAUCCCAAGUUACUACAGAACAACGAUGUAAAACAAGUCUUCAAAUAGCUCAUCCGAAACUAUCGAAGUUACGUGAAUGUGUUGUUGAACAUUUUCAAACAUUUGAACGUACAAAAACAAAACCAACCGAUCAAACACGAGUUAUUAUAUUUAGUGAAAAACGUGACAGUGUUAGAGAAAUAACAGAACUUCUUCAACAAGAUCGACCAUUAAUUAAGCCAAUGGCGUUUAUUGGACAAGCAACAACUCAUGCUGCUGGACAGGGUAUCAAUCAAAAACUACAGAAAAAAGUGGUGACUGAUUUUCGUGCUGGUGGUUAUAAUGUACUGAUUGCAACAUCGAUUGGUGAAGAAGGUUUAGAUAUUGGUAGUGUUGAUUUAAUUAUCUGUUUCGAUGCACUUAAAUCACCGAUUCGACUUGUUCAGCGCAUGGGCCGAACAGGACGUGCUCGACAAGGUCGAAUUGUUCUUCUUAUGACCGAAGGUAAAGAAGAACGCACAUAUGUUGAAGGUGAAAUGCAGCAAAAACGUAUAUUUAAAUUAAUUGUUGAUGGUGCACGUAUGCUAGAAUUAUAUCGUAGUAACCUGCGAAUGGUUCCACAGGAUAUUCAACCGAUUUGUCAAGAAAUGACAAUUAAAGUGAACGAUGAAACAGAUUUAUCUGAUAAAGACAGUAAAAAGAAAUUCAAAACCAAUGAUUCAGAUUUUAAAACAAUGAUUAAUAAAACGAAACAGCAAGAAAAUUUAUUAAAAUUAUUUCGUAAAGAUAAACUGCUCAAUGAUAAUGAAUUUUAUCAUUGGGUAAGAAAUUAUCAAUUGAAUGAUGAAAAUGAUGAUGAUGAAAAUCCUGUGAUGCCAAUGAAAGACCGUUUGAAAUUAAUGAUUGAAACAGCUACGAGAAAAUGGUCAAAUGAACAACGAGAAAUCCAAAGUCCUUCGAUGCAUUCGUCUCGAACCGAAACAUUUGUAGACUUUAUGAAAAAUUAUACAAACGAAAGAGUUUAUAUUGAUAUACCAGAUCAUACAUGGCCCAUGGAUGAGUCAAUAUCAAAACCUGAACUAACACCAAUAGAAACUAGUAUUUCCGAUCGGCCAAAAAUGCCAUCACCAUAUGAUCGGUCAAAAUUAAAAGAACAAAUACAAAAUAAACGAGCUUGUUCACCACUGGAUCUAGCCAAGAUGCCACAAGAAUGUGAUCAACUCUUGAAUCUUCAGCCAAUCAUUCAACAGCAAAAACAACCACCACGAGAGGAAACAUAUGAUGAAGAAAUUGAUUGUGGGGAUCUAUUUGGUCAAUCAUUCAAUCGUCAGCCAAUUGUUCAACAGCAUCAACUACCACAAGAGGAAAUGCAUGAUGAUGAUGAUGAAAUUGAUUGUGGAGAUCUAUUUGGUCAAUCAUUGAAUUCUCGACCAACCUUUGAACAGCAAAAACAGUCACAACAAGAGAAAAUACAUGAUGAUGAUGAAGAAAUUGAUUGUGGCGAUCUAUUUGGUCAAUCAUUGAAUUCUCGACCAACCUUUGAACACCAAACACAGCCACCACCGCCACAAGAAGAAAUACACGAAGAAGAAGAAAUUGACUGUGGAGAUCUAUUUGGUCAAUCAUUGAAUCCUCAACCAACAUUUGAACAGCAAAAACAGCCACAACAAGAGAAAAUACAUGAUGAUGACGAAGAAAUUGAUUGUGGCGAUCUAUUUGGUCAAUCAUUGAAUUCUCGACCAACCUUUGAACACCAAACACAGCCGCCACAAGAGAAAAUACAUGAUGAUGAGAUUGACUGUGGAGAUCUAUUUGGUAGUAAGUAUUUUGGUUUUUCCGAUACAAGUUUUGAAUAUUUUGUUUUUGUAGCUGGUUCAACAUUUGAUAUAACAUGCUUACAUCCAGAACCAACACUUCCAAUUACAGCAAGUUCAACAGAACCUGAAGCCAUCCGUGAUGAUAAUGAUAAUAUUGGAAAUUUUAAUAUUACGAUGGAUGAUCUAUUUCCAGCAUCUCAAGCAUCCCAUUCGUCACCAACAUUACAAUUAAAUGAUGUUAAAUCCCAACCAAAAACUGUUUUCGAUGAUGAUGAUAUGGAUGAUGACGAAUUAUUAGAAGCUUUCAACAGACAUGCUGAAGAUUCAUCAAAUAAGAUAAUAAAACCAAGUCCUGUAUUAGUUCUUACGAAUAGAGUUAAUACACAAAUUCAAAGCAAUAUUCCAACAGCUGAUGUUACUUUGCCUAAAUUUGAUUUAGAAUUUAGUUUUGAUGAUCUUGAUAAUAGUGGUGAGCAAACAGACAAUGUACUUAAUCUUACUAUUGCUGAAGCAGUUAAUAAAAAUAAUGUAGCAACGCAUUGUGAUAAAUUUGAAACACCAAUUCGACCAGUGCCAUCAAAAAAACGUGUUCGACGUCUGUCAAUUACAACGCCUGAUGUAAUCGAAAGAAAAAAAUCUAAAAGUGCACAAGAACUCAACGUUAAACAACAACAAGAACUACAUUUUCACCGACGAUUGGCAUCAGAUUUUCUUGAUCGUGAAGCUGCUGUUGAUGAAGCAUUAUCUAAUUCGAUAUCAUCUGAGGAAGAAGAAAAUGAUGACCAUAAUGAUGAUGGAAACGAACAUGGUCAUUUUAUUGAUGAUCGACAAGUGUUAACACAAAUGCCUAAUAUUGAUAUGACAAGUGUAUAUUUAAAAAGCAUCAAAAGUCCGAAAGUUUAUUUUCGCCCACCACCACCUCGUAUGCCAAUUGAAGAUAUUUAUUCUCAAUUACCACAUAUGACUAUGCAUGACGAUACUGACGAUGAAGAAGAUGAUAGUUUUGUUGAUGAUACAACAGAAAUAGUCGAUGAUCAUCAUGGUGAAGUUGAUUUCGAUGAACUUGCAAAUAUUCUUGGUACUCAAUCAGUUGUUCAUCGUCAAACAAAAGUAACAAGGCGUGGCGUUAGAUUUGGACGAACAUCAGAAACAACAACACCUAAACGGAAGCCAAAACGUCGUGUUCAAAUUGCUGAAAGUCCUAUGUAA